UUAAUUACAUUUGUAUGAAUCCAUCCUUAUUUGUUUUCAUGCCAGGAGUUACCAAGUCACUGAAGCUCUACGUGCUCAGAUGGACGUCCAAAGAAGACUACACGAGCAAUUGGAGGUGCAACGGAGACUCCAGCUGAGGAUAGAGGCCCAAGGAAAGUACCUGCAAUCAAUUCUUGAAAAAGCUUGCAAAGCCUUUGACGAACAAGCUGCUGCUUUUGCUGGGCUUGAAGCUGCUAGGGAAGAGCUAUCAGAGCUAGCCAUCAAAUUUUCCAAUGUCUCUCAAGGAACAACAGUUCCAUUCUUUGAUGCAACAAAGAUAAUGAUGAUGCCAUCGUUGUCAGAGCUUGCAGUAGCAAUGUCU